CUGCGAGGUCUGCACACCUGGCGACCAAGGUGACCUCUGCAACCUCUGCGCUUGGGCUCCGCUGGAUGAUUUUGCACGGAACAAAGGUGCUGCUGAAUGGACGUGUUUGCCAGUAACUCCAGGGAACAUUGAGGGUUUGCACUGAGAGGCUGGCCUUGGAUCCCGAUUGCCCUUCUGCCAGGAAGGCACAUGCAGCCAAAAAUGAAUUUGGGAAAAGCAGCCACUUGCUCCUGUAACCAUGGAAAAGCAGGGCCGCAGUGAGAUGGAAAUAAUCCCGUCAGAGUCUCACUCCUACAUCAAAUUGUUGAAAGUCAACCGGGAGCAUCUGGUCACUCACGUCCGCAACACUCAGUGUCUGCUGGACAACUUGCUGCAGAAUGACUACUUCUCCGCCGAAGACGUGGAGAUCGUGUGUGCCUGCCCCACGCAGCCCGACAAGGUCCGCAAAAUUCUGGACCUGGUGCAGAGCAAGGGCGAAGAGGUGUCCGAGUUCUUCCUCUAUGUGCUACAGCGACUCACAGAUGCUUACGUGGACCUCAGGCCUUGGCUGUCGGAGAUCAGCUUCUCCCCUUCCCAGCUCAUUCAGAGCAAAGCUGUUGUCAACACGGAUCCAGUGAGCAGAUACAGCCAGAAGCUGCGACAGCAACUGGGCCGCGACUCCAAGUUCAUCCUGUGCUACGCCCAGAAGGAGGAGCUGCUGCUGGAGGAGAUGUACACGGACACCAUCGUGGAGCUGGUCGACUUCGGCAACGAGAGCCUGGGCAGCCUGGGCAGCCUGGCCUGCCUCCUGGACCCCUCCACGGGCGUCCUCAACGAGCAGGGCGAGACCAUCUUCGUCUUCGGCGACGCGGGCGUGGGCAAGUCCAUGCUGCUGCAGCGGCUGCAGAGCCUCUGGGCCGCGGGCCAGCUGGACGCUGAGCUCAGGUUCUUCUUCCACUUCCGCUGCCGCACCUUCAGCUGCUUCAAGGAGAGCGCCUCGCUGUGCCUGCGGGACCUGCUCUUCAAGCACUACUGCUACCCGGAGCAGGACCCCGAGGAGGUGUUCGCCUUCCUGCUGCGCUUCCCGCACACGGCCCUCUUCACCUUCGACGGCCUGGACGAGCUCCACUCGGACUUCGACCUGAGCAGCGAGCCCGACACCUCCUCCCCCUGGGAGCCCGCCCACCCCCUGGUCCUGCUGGCCAACCUGCUCAGCGGGAAGCUGCUCAAGGGGGCGCACAAGCUGCUCACGGCCCGCACGGGCGUCGAGAUCCCGCGGCAUCUCCUCUGGAAGAAGGUGCUCCUGCGCGGCUUCUCCCCCAGCCACCUGCGCGCCUACGCUGGGAGGAUGUUCCCCGAGCGCUCCGUGCGCCAGCGCCUGCUGGAUCAGCUGGAAGCCAACGCCAACCUCUUCAGCCUGUGCGCCGUGCCCCUCUUCUGCUGGAUCAUCUUCCGGUGCUUCCAGCACUUCUACGACACCUUCGACGGCUUCUCGCAGCUGCCCGACCGCACGGUGACGCUGACCGACGUCUUCCUGCUGGUCACCGAGGUCCACCUGAACAGGACGCAGCCCACCAGCCUGGUGCAGCGGAACACGCGGAGCCAGACGGAGACCUUCCGCGCCGGCCGGGGCACCCUGCGCUCGCUGGGCCAGGUGGCUCACCGGGGCAUGGAGAAGAGCUUCUUCGUCUUCAGCCAGGAGGAGGUGCAGGCGUCCGAGGUGCAGGAAGGGGGCCUGCAGCUGGGUUUCCUGCGGGCCGUGCCGGAGCUGGGCCUCGGAGGGGACCAGCAGUCCUAUGAGUUUUUCCACCUCACCCUCCAGGCCUUCUUUGCUGCCUUUUUUCUGGUGGUGGACGACAAGGUGGGCACUCGGGAGCUGCUCCGCUUCUUCCAGGAGUGGGCUCCUCACGGGGAGGCAGCAGCUGCGUCCUGCUAUCCCCCCUUCCUACCCAUCCAGUGCCUGGGGGGCCGCGGCCUGGCCCGGGAAGACCCCUUUAAGAACAAGGAUCACUUUCAUUUCACCAACCUCUUCCUGUGCGGGCUGCUGUCCAAAGGCAAACAGGAACUCCUGCGGCACCUGGUGCCUGCCGCCGCCCUGCGGAGAAAGCGCAGGGCCCUGUGGGCUUACCUGUUCGCCAGCCUGCGCUCCCACCUGAAGCACCUGCCCCGAGUUCAGUCUGGGAGCUUCAGCCAGGUGCAGGCCAUGCCCACCUUCAUCUGGAUGCUGCGCUGCAUCUACGAGACGCAGAGUGAGAAGGUGGGGCAGCUGGCGGCCAGGGGCAUCUGCGCCAACUACCUCAAGCUGACCUUCUGCAACGCCUGCUCGGCCGACUGCAGCGCCCUCUCCUUUGUCCUGCACCACUUCCCCAAGCGGCUUGCGCUCGACCUGGACAACAACAAUCUCAACGACUAUGGUGUGCGGGAACUGCAGCCCUGCUUCAGCCGCCUCACCGUCGUCAGGCUCAGCGUGAACCAGAUCACCGACAGUGGGGUGAAGGUGCUAUGUGAAGAGCUGACCAAAUACAAAAUUCUGACCUUUUUAGGCUUAUACAACAACCAAAUCACCGAUGUCGGAGCCAGGUACAUCGCCAGAAUCCUGGAUGAGUGCACAGGCCUCACGCACCUGAAACUGGGAAAAAACAAAAUAACAAGCGAAGGAGGAAAGUGUCUCGCCCUGGCUGUGAAGAACAGCAAAUCCAUCUUUGAAGUUGGGAUGUGGGGCAAUCAGAUCGGUGAUGAAGGAGCAAGGGCCUUCGCAGAGGCUCUGAGGAACCACCCAAGCUUGACUAACUUGAGUCUUGCAUUCAAUGGCAUUUCUACAGAAGGAGGAAAGAGCCUCGCGUGGGCCCUGCAGCAGAAUGCGUCUCUGAGAAUAUUCUGCCUCCUCUGUCCCCAGGUAGUCACAUCAGGACUUGGCCUUCAUGCUCCAGCUCACCGGUCACGGGAAGCCCACAGCCCUCACUCCCUCUCUGCACUCCAGGGCCACUAGUUAACUGUAUGUUACCUUCUGAAAGUGAUGCUUUUAUUCUUUCUUUUGGUUGUUCCUGUUUUUGGUCAUUUACCGUAUUUUUAUUUAUUUACUUGCCUGUAUCACAAAUUGCUUCCGGGAAAGGAAGUUAUAUUACAUGUCUCUGUAUCCUCCGCAUGAGAUAUUGGCUAAAUUAGUCAAUGAAAAUGUCAUCAUUAUGAGAAUUCAGAUACUAGACCUGCUGGCCACUAAAUGCAUUUUCCUUUUCCCCUCAAAAAAUCUUUUAAAAGAUUUUGAAAAGUAAUACAUGCUUUUUUGAAAAAAAUAUAAGACACUGAAGUUGGGAAAGUAGGAAGUGAAAGAACCUCCUCCCUCAUGCUUUCUAAAUAUAAUCUUUUAUUUCUAGCAUUUGAAUGUAUAUUCAAAUAAAUAUCACUUUUCUUAUGAAACUGAAUAGCAUUUAGCAAGUGACUAAAAAAAAAAAUCUCAACCAUAUAUUGUACAUAUUUGACAUGUUCUUUUAUGUCAGGGUUUCUCAAUCUCAACACUGUUGACAUUUUGGUCCAAAUAAUUCUGUGAGAGGCUGUCCUGUGCAUUGUAAGAUGUUUAGCAGAAUCCCUGGCCUCUACCCAUUAGAUACCAAUAGUAACCCCUAAUUAUGACAAUCGAAAUUGUCUCCAGACAUUGGCAAGUGUCCCCUGGAGGGGAAGUCACCCCAGUUGAGAACCACAGGUCUAGGUGGAUAAUAAUGUCCAUCCCCAAAAUCUCUUGAGUACUCACUGUACAUCACACAUUGUUCUCAGCCUUUUCCAUGUAUUAACUCAUUCUCACAACUGUGUUAUGAGGGCUGUACCAUUACUGUCCACAUUUGCUGGUGAGAAAACUCAGGCCCAGAGAAGUUCAACCACGUGCUGUGGUCGCCCUGCUAGUAAGCCAUUGCCAGCCGGCAUGUCUUGCUCAGAGCAUCUUGAGCCCCAUGCUUUUCUGCCUCUUUCUUCAUCCUACCUCAUUCUCUCUAAAGGUUGCACAGUGUCCCUUGAAGGUACACUCACAAUGUAUUUUACUGGCUGCCUCUACUGAUACUGAAAUUUGUUCACAUCUUACAUUAUGACCGAAAAGACUGCAACCAAUACUGCACGUAUAGAACCUGUGUGUAAUGUCUUUGCACGCCAUAAGGUGGAUUUCUAGACGUCGAAUUGUUGGCCCAAAGUGAAACACAUUUAAAAUGUGGAUAGACACUACCAAAUUGCCCUUCAAGGAAUGAUUUUUAAAAUGUUCUUUAUAUUCCUUUCUCCUUCCUUAUUUAUUCUUUCAUCCACUGGCACAACAGGGUUUAAUCCUCUUUACAACCAGGAGCUUCUAGCUCUCUGUGCUUUAUCCAGACCACUUCCUGCUUUUACGAACAACUGAGAGACUUCCUGAACUUUCAGUCACAGAACUCGGGUCCUUCAUAACUGGCCUUGGAGCAAAGUGAUGAACACAUUUUAACACGCAGUUGGCAGGCUUUUCUAGGUCUUCAUCUGACUGAGUUUAGUAACACACUGUCGUGGUGUUCAAGGGAUCUUAAUGGCUGGAGGAGACCUGAGAAGCAGGCACUGGCCCCUCGCUUUCUGUGGGCCCAUCUUCUGAGAGAUCUGAGGGCUCAGCAAGGAUGGGGAGGGAGGGAGUAUGGGCUCCCCCCGCAGCAGCAGGGCUAAGAAGUAGGAGCUUGGAUGAAGGGUUUGCACUAGAAAUGAACCUCCAUUUAUUGUCUGCGGGGCUCAGAGGCUGGCUUGGAGCCUGGCUGUUAGCUGGGUUCUCAGCAAGUGAUUAGCAGCAUAAGCUGGAGAUGCAGCAGGGGCUGGGAUCCUGCUUCUGUGAACUCAGUGGAGAGUGGGUGCCAGGUAGGGCUGCCCUGUGUCGACACUUCCUUUC